AUGGCAGCGUUCACGCAUCUCUCUGCCACAGGCCCCGCGCCUACUUACCUCGAAGUCGCUGCUGUAUAUCGACAAGAAUUCUAUAAGCAAGUCGCAGAAGGCUCUCUCCGCCCUAUAGUCUUCCCCUACCACCUCUACGGCCUCCUCUUACUCCUCACCUACCUCUGCAUACCACAUACGAAGCGUCCAUACCUGUACAAGGCGAGAUGGUUGGUUCUCGGGGCCAUUGCAGCAUUUCAGUGCAAGACAUUGUGUGAUACCAGCAGUGCUAGUAUUACUACGGCAUUUGGGGCUGGUCUGGUCUCUGCAUGGGUGCUUGUGUUAAGUGUUACGUGGUUGGUGUUCUACAGGCCGCAAUUCGACUCAAUGAGGGUGGAAUUCAGGAUGGAGAGUGGGUUUGGCAAUGGAGGCAGAAGGGCAGAAGGAGAUGGUGAACAAGCUGAUACGUAUAGAGACGCUGUGUUUGUCAAAAACUCGCAUCUUCGGCGACGGAAAGGGGCAAAUGGAUAUACAAACGGAGAGGCGAAGGAGGGAGUACAUGAAGAGGCACCAAAGACAGGGUCACUUCACCUCUCGGAGUACUAUUGGCAGUCGUACCCUGACAAGCUCAGUGAACGUAUAGAUUGGGUCAUGGACCAUUUACUCAAUUUCCGUGGGCCAGGAUGGAAUUGGGCAAUACCAAUCCUGCCUACGUAUCCUCCCUCUGUGAAGCAGGCACUUGGAGAGAAUCCCAGCGUUGAAUCUAGGACUGGAGUAUCUAGAAUUGGAUUCAAACGUCUCGAUACACUUCCGCGCUUUGUAGCAGGCUAUUUCCUCCUUGAUGCUACGAAGACAUUCUUGAUGAAAGAUCCGUAUUUUAUCUUCGGCCCUACUACCUAUGAUCCACCACUGUAUUUUCAAAACCUCUCUCCGUCCGCAUUGUGGAUCAUCCGUCAAACUACCACCGGGUUUGCGCUCAUCUUGGCCCUUGAGGUGGCGUUCUUGACCGGAUCAAUUAUGCACUGUCUUCUCCUCGGGCCCAAAGUAUUAGGUCUCAGAGGCCAUGCGUGGCAAUACUCGACGAACUGGGGAUCUGUAAGCAACGUCUUGAACAAGGGUCUGAAUGGCUUUUGGGGCAGCUUCUGGCACCAGACCUUUCGCUUCGCAUUCGCUGCUCCUACGAACUUCCUUAUCAAGAACAAAUAUAUCGAAGCACGAUCGGCCGCCGCUAAGAUUUUGGGUCUCUUCUUUGCGUUUGGGAUAUCAGGAUUCCUACAUCUCGCUGGAUCCGUCUCUCAGCUGCCGCAGACUUAUCCUUGGAAUUCGAUGACCCUAUUUCUGCUCCAGCCGUUCGGCAUCUUGAUGCAAGCCACCGCCUGCUCAUAUCUACGCCCCUUCAUCGAAAGGUUCCCGAAAGCGUGUAGACAAGUAGGAAAUCUCUUGUAUACAGUACUCUUCCUCUUCUCAACCUGCUGGUUGAUGGGCGAUGACUUUGCAAGAGGCGGGGUGUGGUUGUUCGAGCCUGUUCCCAUCAGUCCAUUGAGAGGCUUAGGCUACGGGGUUGAAGGAGAUGGCUGGUGGUGCUGGGGCCAUAUUGGAGUUGGUUGGUAUACGGGGGAGCAUUGGUGGGAGAGUGGGAUUGCGUUUUAA